AUGACAGAACGCAGAACAUUCGAGAUAACCCUGAUCUCGGCCACCGACCUCGACUCCGCCGGCCUCCGCUGCUGCCCGUCCCUCUUUCCGACGCGGGCUUACGCCUGGGUUUCGGUUUCCGGCAAGGAGAAAAAAACCCCCGUUGACCGACAUGGACAAUCGAACCCCGCCUGGAACUUCUCCAUGGCCUUCUCCCUCCGUGAGUCCGCCGUCCGGAGCUACAACGCCAUGCUCAUCGUCAAGAUAUUCGGCCGGCGGCGGUUCGUUGGCUUCCGGGACAGGUACAUUGGGGAGGUCCACACGCCGGUCAAGGAGCUGUAUGACUACGCCGAAUUGACCGGCGGGAACGCCAUGCUGAACCUACCGCUGACGAAGGGGUGCGCAGCGGCGGCGCGUGGGUGCUUGAGGUUCGCGUACAGGUUUAGCGACACGGUUAUGUUGGAUAAGAGCCCGAGGCGGAGGCCCGAGAGUUUCGUGGGGUGGACCCACUGCUGA